AUGUUGCUUAAGCAGGUCCUUGUGGCCGCUCUGCUCUCUUUGAGCUCUGUCACGGCUUUCCCAAACCCGAACAACCUCCAUGAUGUGGAGGCUAGGGAUGUCGAAGAUAACCUCGUUACUCGUGGCGGUUACCACGACUGUGGCUCUUACGCCAGCUGGAACAACGGAAAGAACUGCUGUGUCUGCAAGGACAAUGGCAAGAAUUACGACUCCAAGACAAAGUCAUGCAGCUGUCCUAGUGGCUACACCUGGAAUGGUCACCAGUGCGUCCACGACUGUGGCAAAGAUGCUACUUGGCAGUAUGGAAACUGUGUCUGCAACAAGAAAGGCGAAGUCUACAACCCCAAGACCAAGACCUGCAGCUGCCCACCAGGACAGUACUGGAAUGGCAAGAACUGCCAGGUGGAUUGCGGCAAAGACGCUUCAUAUGACUGGAAGCAGAAGAAAUGCGUUUGCAAGAAACAUGGCGAAAUCUACAACUCCAACUCCAAGACCUGCAGCUGCCCACCAGGACAGUACUGGAAUGGCAAGAACUGCCAGGUGGAUUGCGGCAAAGACGCUUCAUAUGACUGGAAGCAGAAGAAAUGCGUUUGCAAGAAACAUGGCGAAAUCUACAACUCCAACUCCAAGACUUGCAGCUGCCCCCCUGGCCAGGUUUGGAACGGCUACGCUUGCGUUGUUGACUGUGGCAAGGAAGCGCACUUUGACAAUAAACAGAAGAAGUGUGUGUGCAACAACUACGGCGAAAUCUACAACUCUGGCAGCAAAACUUGCAGUUGCCCUGGAGGACAAUACUUCAACGGCAAGAAAUGCGUUUGCCCGUACGGUAAAGUCUGGAAUGGUAAACAGUGUGUAGAAGACUGCGGCAAGGAAGCCCACUUCGACUACAACCAGAAGAAGUGCGUGUGCAACAAGAAUGGCGAAAUUUAUGACUCUUCCAAGAAGACUUGCAGCUGUCCCGAUGGUCAAUACUUCAACGGCAAGCAAUGCGUCUGCCCAUAUGGUAAAGUUUGGAACGGCAAACAGUGUGUUCCCGAUUGUGGCAAGGAAGCCCACUUCGACUAUAACCAGAAGAAGUGUGUGUGCAACAACAAGGGCGAAGUCUAUAACUCGGCCAAGAAGACCUGCAGUUGUCCUGAUGGCCAAUACUGGAACGGCAAGCAAUGUGUUUGCCCGUACGGCCAAGUCUUCAACGGCAAGCAAUGCGUUCCUGAUUGCGGUAAAGAAGCCACCUUCGAUUACAAACAGAGGAAGUGCGUUUGCAAGAACAAGGGAGAGAUCUACGACUCCAAGACCAAGACUUGCAGUUGUCCCGAUGGCCAGGUCUGGAAUGGCAAGCAGUGCGUCUGCCCGUACGGCAAAGUCUGGAACGGCAAGCAGUGUGUAGAAGACUGUGGUAAGGACGCCCACUUCGAUUACAACCAGAAGAAGUGUGUUUGCAACAAGAACGGAGAAAUCUUCGAUUCAAAGUCCAAGACUUGCAAAUGCCCUGACGGUCAGUACUGGAAUGGAAAGCAGUGUGCCUGUCCAUACGGCCAGGUCUUCAACGGCAAGCAAUGUGUCCCCGACUGCGGCAAAGACGCUACCUAUGAUUACAAUCAGAAGAAGUGCGUUUGCAAGAACAAGGGAGAGGUCUUUGAUUCAAAGACCAAGACCUGUAGCUGCCCUGACGGCCAGUACUGGAACGGAAAGCAAUGCGUCUGUCCAUACGGCAAGAUUUUUGACGGAAAGCAAUGCGUAGAGGACUGCGGCAAAGAUGCUCAUUUUGAUGACAAGCAGAAGAAGUGCGUGUGCAACAAGAACGGAGAGAUCUACGACUCCAAGACCAAGACCUGUAGCUGCCCAGACAGCCAGUACUGGGAUGGAUCCAAGUGCGCAUGCCCCUACGGAACCGUCUGGGACGGCAAGCACUGCAACCAGGAUUGCGGCAAGGACGCUCAUUUCGACAGCAACCAGAAGAAGUGCGUGUGCAAUAAGCAGGGUGAGGUUUACGAUAGUAAAUCCAAGACUUGCAGCUGCCCCAACGGCCAAUACUGGGACGGAUCCAAGUGUGCCUGCCCCUACGGCAAGGUCUGGGACGGAAAGCAAUGCGUGCCAAACUGCGGCAAAGAUGCUAGCUACGACAGCAAGCAGAACAAGUGCGUGUGCAAGAAAAUCGGCCAAGUCUUUGAUAGCAAGUCCUUGACUUGCAGCUGCCCAUCCGGAACCUCUUGGAAUGGCUACGCAUGUGUGCAAGAUUGUGGCAAGGACGCUCAUUAUGACAGCAACCAGAAGUGCUGCGUGUGCAACAAGAAGGGCCAGUCUUAUGAUAGUAAGUCCAAGACUUGCAGCUGCCCAGGAAACCAAUAUUGGGACGGCAACAAGUGCGCGUGCCCAUACGGAUCGACCUGGGAUAGCAGCAAGAAGACUUGUAAGAUGAACUAUCCUUGA